ACACCACAAAUAAAAAUGAUAGAGAUUGGGGGAGGGGGGUGUGGCUGUGACAUUCUUCUUUCUCCUUGGGAACUGGAAAACAAGGAAAAGGAGAAAAAGGUUAAACCAAUCCUUCCUUCUGGAGCUACCAUGGCGGACAAGGAGACGGAUAGACCAUUACCUAAGUUUGGGGAAUGGGAUGUGAAUGAUCCAGCAUCUGCUGAAGGAUUCACAGUAAUCUUCAACAAAGCCAGGGAUGAAAGGAAAGCCGCUAAGGUCGACUCACCCCACAGGCAUCAUAAUUCCAAAUUCAACCAUCAUGCCGUUCUUGGCAAGUCCCAAUGUAAAAAAUGGUUUUGCUGCCUACACCCGUCUGCAGAAUCAUGAGGAGGCUUCUCAAUUCAUGACAGUUAGGAAAUGUAACAUAAUUCCGGAAGU